AUAUUUGAAGGCAGGGUCCAAACUGAUCGUGAAACCUUAGGGACACAAACGAUAGAUGAUGUGAGGAAUAUCAAACUGACAAUCACUGAGUUUGCAGAUGCCAUGGGCAUGCAGCCUUCUUCGCUGUUUGUCAAGAACAUGUUUAUGCUGGCUAACAAGAACAUAGAUGAAUUUCUUUCUUUCCAAGAAUUUCUUGACCUCUUUGGUAUUUUUCUCAAAGGCACAGCAGAAGAAAAGGGGCGUCUGCUUUUCAGUAUUUAUGACAUUCAUAAAACUGGAUAUCUGACAAAGGAUGAGUUUCACAGAAUGAUUAAGUCCAUGCUGGAAUUAGCAGAAAGUCCUGACCUCAAAGACAGUGCAGUGGAUGAUCUAGUGUCCUCUAUGUUUCGUCACGCCGGUUUGGAUGAAAGAAGUCGCAUGUCAUAUGAGCAUUUCAGCAAGAUUUUCUGUGCCGAUGAAUAUGCAAGUACUCUUCAGAAAACAACAAUAUCUAGUGAAGCAUCCAAACAUGUUCCAAAAGAUGCUAUGGAGAAAAAUAGAGCACUUAAAAGCAAGAGACACAGUUUCAUGAAAAGUUAUAGAUCAAGAAAACCACUGGCAAGCAACGGUACAAAUGGCACACUGGCAACAAGAACAACAAAAGCAACGGAAGUACCAAUAAGACCAUUUAGUUUAAAGGUAUCAGCACGUACAAUGGAUUAUCCUGGAACCAAGCUGGGCCAGCACCUACACAGCAUCAGUCGUUUUAUUGACAGAUACCGGCUACAGAUUUUCUGGGGUGUUCUCUAUACUCUGGUGACCAUUGGGAUUUUUGUUGAAAGAGCAUACUUUUUUGCAAGAGGUCGUGAGCAUGCUGGUUUACGUCGUUUGUCUGGAGCUUGGGUUACAGCUAUGAUCAGGGGGUCAGCCAGUGUCAUUAUGUUUACAUACUCCAGCCUCCUGGUCACUAUGUGUCGCAAUACCAUUACAGCCCUCAGAGAGACGUUUUUGCACAGAUUUAUACCAUUUGACUCUGCUGUGUCCUUUCACAAAUAUAUUGCAGUGCUGGCAAUGAUUGGCACAAUUGUCCAUGUCAUCACUCAUGGAAUUAACCUGUACUGCAUGUGCACUCAAACUACAUCAAGCAUCAACUGUUUCUUCAGGGAGUAUUAUACAUCGUCAGAUUCUUUUGCAACUUUUCAUUACUGGGCCUUCCAGACUAUAACAGGCCUUGCUGGAGUCCUUGUCACUGCGUUGAUCUUUGUAAUGUAUGUUUUUGCCACACAGUUUGCUCGCAGACAUGUUUUUAAGGUAAGGAUUUCAUUUCUGUACUGGCUGGUGUACCUACUGACAUUUUUGCAUGGAGUUGGACGACUGGUUCAAGCGCCUCUGUUCUCCUGGUUCCUCAUUGGACCUUUACUGUUGUUUAUCGUUGACCGCUUACAGAGUAUUAGUAGAAACAAGGUGGAGAUAGCUGUCAUUUCUGGAACACCACUGCCUUCAGGAGUGUUAAGACUUGUUUUCCGAAGACCCAACACAUUUUCCUAUCGGUCUGGACAGUGGGUCCGCAUAGCAUGUCCUGAAAUGAGUGAGAGUGAGUACCAUCCAUUCACCUUGACCUCAGCACCCCAUGAACCAAAUUUGAGUCUGCACAUCAGAGCCGUCGGUCCGUGGACUACUAAUCUGCGGAAGAUAUACAGUCGUAAACAAAAUGCUGAGGACGAGAACAUCAAACUUCCAAAUCUCUACUUGGACGGCCCAUUUGGUGAGGGACAUCAGGACUGGUACAACUGUGAUGUAGCAGUUUUAGUGGGUGGCGGUAUUGGGGUGACACCAUUUGCCUCCAUCCUCAAGGAUAUUGCAUUCAGGUCAAAAUCAGGAAUGGAACUAACAUGCAAAAAGGUGUAUUUCAUUUGGGUGACCAGAACCCAGAAGAGCUUCGAAUGGCUGGUAGACAUCAUCAGACAGGUGGAGAAGGCUGAUGUCAGGGAAAUUGUAGAUACACACAUUUUUGUGACACAGUUCCAGCAAAACUAUGACCUCAGAACCACUAUGCUGUACAUUUGUGAGCGCCAUUUCCAGAAGGUGGAGGGGCAAAGCUUGUUCACAGGUCUGAAAGCUGUCACUCACUUUGGUAGACCACAGUUUGAAGAUUUCUUUUGGGCCAUUACUCAGGAGCAUAAAGAAGUUUCUCAGGUAGGAGUAUUCAGCUGCGGACCUGGAUCUAUGACCUCAAAUGUUCAGAAAGCUUGCUCCUUCAUGAACAGUUUGGUUGGACCAACUUUCACACAUCACUUUGAGAAUUUCUGA